CUCACAAGCAAGAUACGUCGCUGUAUAUCUUAUAUUGUUUUAAUCAAAGCUGUUGUAAGCAUGUCCAAAGCCACGGAUCCCCCAAUAACUUCUGAGAGCAGUGACAACCGGACUCCUCUGCCUGCCCUGGGACAGGCGGAGUGUACCUCAAAUAAGCACGCCGGUCUCUGGCCGCGGGUGGCAGACGCUCUUUUGCCUAAAUGGCCACAUGAGCUUGAGGGCGAGAGAUGGUUUAGCACAGAUGAUGCGUAUGUGGACCAGGAGUUCGACCUUGAAGCUCUGCCGUUCUGGCUUCGGGAUACAAGUGUGGGCUGGGUUCGAGCACCCAGUCUUAGCUCUCAGUCAGCGCAAUCAGCGAGCUCUGAGAUAUUAGUCAAGACGAGCAUAAUAAGUAAUGAGGAAUUUGUGACAGAUGACCAGUCAAAUGUACGAAGUGCACAGGCCGUGGAAAACACUGCUCUUGCGGAGUGGAGUGAGACAGCUAUUGAUGCAAUCACAAAUGAGCCGCUCCCACAGGUUGUCGUUCUACCACCACAAACUGACAGGGGACCCCCCCCCCCGGAUUCGUUGCCACUUGAGAGGGGUUUUGCUUUGGCGGACCAACCAAAUGGGAUCGCUACAUCAUCCAAAGAGCAAGAUGAGAUUGGAGCAUCGCUGCUUCGGUUGGUGGCAAUGUAUGCACGUCAGUGCGAUCAAAAUCGGAAUAAACCUUUUCUUUGGGAGGCCAUAUACCCUCAAGAUAGAUCAGGAAGGCCGUGCUAUAACCCCGGUGGCAAAUACGUCGUAAAAGUCUUUUUUUGUGGCUCAUGGCGCAGAGUUCAGAUUGAUGAUCGUGUGCCCAUAAAUGCACGUGGACAAGCGACCAUCGUGUUCUCGCGCGAGAGGCGCGAGUUGUGGCCAUUUAUUCUGGCAAAGGCAGCAUACAAAGUUGCCCAUCUAGCUUAUCGGGCGAUACCAUCAGUAGAUGAAUCAUCUCCACAGGCACUAUUUGACUUAGUUGCUAUUGCUACGACGGCACUUACGGGCUGGGCCCCGUCUCCCAUCCACAUACCGUCGAAGCCAGGUCCUAUUGAUGCUUUCACAGCACGUCUUACUCAGCGCGGGACACCUGAAUGUUCGUUGGCGGAGAUUGAUUUGGCAAGCACCAACUGUUUUCCAGGGUCCUCUUUGAAUCGACACUCUAAGCCAAGCGGUCGUCGAAGAAGCGGUCAAUCCCGUGAAGUGUCAAAUGAGAUGCUAAAUCAAGCAUCUAUGGCACGCAGCACAGCAGCAAGAAUGACAAAGAACAAGUUGAUGGCGGCACGCGAAGAACUUAUUGUGCUCGUAGAAACGACGGAGACUGGUGUUUGUUUACAUCCUCUCCUUGGGGUUUUGACAUAUCCCGAAGCCAAUUCCGUUAGAACAGAUAAAAGAAAUAUUACGAAUUGUUUUGAUGCGAUACUUGAAUGGUCGUGCGCAAAGUCCGGACUGUCUGACUUUGAAUCGGGUCCCCUGACUUUGCCACCUACUACCUUAAGGAAGCCAAUUUGCCACAUCACUGAUCGUUUGAGCACGAGUCGCUUGUUGUCCUUUUCAACGCAGUACGGGCUGCCAUUCACUGCCGAGCUGCAGAGUUCCUGGGUUGAGUCAGCGAGCGGGGUAGGAUUUGUUUCGCAACCUUUGCGUCAACCUGGAGUACUCCACAUAAAUACGAGCUGCAACUCCGCCACCUUAGUCGCCUGUAUACAAACCAAUAUACUCACCACGGCACCAUUGUCGGACGAUAGUACCACAGCGGGGCCCCGACCAACCUCAAUUCACACCCUACAAACGCGAAGUGCGGUUUUGACUCUCGAGGAGCUGGUGUCUCCUGCACAGACAUCAGAAGAAGAUGGGCGUUUCAAGCAAGAGAAUUCGACAUUUUGUUGCUCAUCCACAGAAAGCCAAUCCACAGGUGUGUCCUUGCGGCUCGUACAAAAAAUCACUGGGCCAUAUCCAUCAAGAAGUGGAAUACUUUACGCUCCGCUGGCACCCAAAGGCCGGGCGUAUAGGGUCUGUCUAGACGCGCCAUUUGGUGCAGAUGUCACUUUUAAUUGCACUGCGCCUGUGUCAUACAAAACGUUACCACCAGUAUGCGAGCAACUUGGUGGUUGGUCGACGUCAGCGAAUGGCACCUACGAUGCUGUCCAUACCGACUGCGAAAUUGUCGUAUUUCAACGUGUCGUUGAGCUGAUAAACCCAGUCGUCGACGUUAAUGCCCCCGCGGAGACCUCAAACACUGAUGCAAAUUGCAAAGAAGAGCAAGUCCCAAAAACUACAUCACUGGGAUGUUUCCCUGAGACACCUCAAUUUAUGGAUAUCGCUCUGGAGCUUUCGGUCUCGGACCCAACCGCAGCUAAUAAUAUCACGCUCCAUACGCUUGACAUAGAUGAGAAUGUCUCGACAACGCACAGCUUGUUGCGGCUCCAAAAAGUACGCCUCCGCGAAAGGGGCUUCAUUGUUAGUGCCACCCUGCGGGCUCCUAGCAACACACCCAUUUCAGCUGGUUCCUGGUCGCUUAUUGCUUAUUCCGCGACUAGUCUCCCCAGGCCACAACUACUACACAUAAAAGAGUUAGAUGGAGCUGGCACACAAGAAGAAGGCAUGACUUACCGCUUUGGGUCUAUGUAUUCACCCAACAAGCACCUGCGGUUAUUCCGUGACAUCCUUGAGGUUCCACAAGCAUGUUUUCCGCUGUCUAUAAACCUGGAUGUGAUCCAUACUGAAGAUCUGCCAGUGCGCUUUGUCAUUGGUGAAUCUACAGAGGAAAUAAAUCCAUCUUCAACUUCUUCGCUCGAAAGAAACAAGGAAACAAGCUUGCGUUCCGCUUCGUGCGCUUCCUCUAUAGUCUUCCCCAGGAAAUCUUUUUUGGGAAUACGACGUGCGUGCGUGCCUUGUUUCUGGCCCAAGCAAGCUAAGCACGCACCUCGGGAUUCCGGCACUGAAAGACCUGACAAAUCACCGGCGAACCUUAACAUUGUGCUAGAGGCCAAACUGGACACAAAUUUCAUUCGUGCGGAUGAUACUUUGUACUCUCCCCAGCCUUAUGCUUCCCAAAGUUUAUCGUCAAAGCAACUUCAGCUUUCAGAUGCGCCAUUCUCGCCUGCUCAACGUUUGACAGGAAAACAUCUUGAGGCUAGUUGGAUCCUAACGCUACAUGCGUCCGCAGGGGGUCUGUUGCUUCGCCACAAUGACGACCAAGAGCGGACCUACCAGGUAAUACAAAAUGAAUGGGAAGCGCGAGAGUCUGGGAGGGGAGCGCGAGCCAAAGAUGUCCAGAGCAAAUUCGGAAUAGGUAGAACUCGGUCCACUGAAAGAGAGCUCACCGAGGACUAUGCGCUGGGCUCCAGGUUUAUCAAUUCUGAAAUUGAGCUAAAGCGCGAGAGACCACGAUCAGCCUUGCGCAAAAUCCUGAUUGAGGCUGUUCGACCUGGGCACGAGUUUUUGCACGAUUGUAUGAAGUCCAAAUCUGCCUUGUCAAAACCCUACGCAUGGGAUAAGAAGGCUGCCGAGGCAUAUGGAGUUCAUAGCAUCGAGUAUGCGCAGAACUCCAUGCUCCAUAAAUGGCGGCAGUGCCUUUUAAAGGGCACAACUGAGUCACUGUUGGCCCGUGAGCAACACCGGGUCAAAAUGCAGCAAAAGGCGACCAGAAGAUCAAAGUUUCAAAAGGUUUAGCGAGAUUUACCUUCAUCACGAACACCAUACACAUCAACUCGGGCCUGCAACUCGCUAAAAUAGUCGAACAACUCGGGCCUGCAACACCAUAAAGACUGGUUGUGCUUUGAGUCUAUAAGUUUCUAGCCUUGGUUGAAGGCUGUUUGGCGUCGAGUCAAAGUCACUGGCACCGUAACUUGAACCGUUGCAUCCAGCAAAGGUCGUCGGACCACCGGGGGCGUUGUGAUUCUUCGCCGUCGCUUGCACGCUCACGUUUAGGCCUAGCAAAAUCCCGG